AUGUUCUGCAACUGGGCGACCGUGUGGUACGCGAUGCGGAUCGAGUCGAUGAAGUCGGCUUUCGGAAGUCUGACCGGCAGUCAAGCCGCCGCCGACGCCUUCUUCAACACGAUCAUCGUCUUCGCCUUCGUUCCAAUGUUGUAUUUGUGAGGAAAUAUAUCAUAUUGAUAGAAAAGAAAUGUUUUCUUUCAGUAAUAUCGGAUCGUUAAUAAAGUACAGCUUUCUGAUGGGCCAUUUGUGCAAUACUUUCUACGACAUCAGCCUCUACUCUCACUUUUUCAUGUCGUUGAACCGCCUUUGCGCCGUUUUUCUACCCUUCCGAUACGAUUCGAUCUGCAGGUUGGAGCGCUUCAAAACUUGUCCAAAUAAGUAAAACUUCAGCCAAAAGAACACUCUGUACAAAAUCGCACUUUGCUGGAUCUUCUCCAUCGUCUCGACGACCUAUGCUUUUGAAAUUGUCGACUGCCGAGUGAUUUUCGACCAAGAAUUCAUGGGUCUCAAAUGGACGGCGACGUCGGCCUGCGCCAUCAUCGGCUGGUACUUCAGCUUUCUGAAGCAGGCCUGUCUCAUUCUGGCCACCGUCUCCAUCGACGUCAUCACCGUUUUGAAAGUCCAUCUGGUCAAUCAAGACACGGUAGGGUUCCUUUCGAUACGAUGAAAGUAUCUACCUCUCAAGUAGUCAAAAAUCCAUCUUUCUCUUUCUUCUAGCCAUCUUUUUGCAAAUUUCCACCUUUGAAUACAACAUUUUAAACUUAUGAAAACAAAAUAGUUGAUAAACUUCAGAAGCUUCUAUCACACAUCGCGGCCAAACGUCGCGCCAAGGAAAUCAGCUUUUUGAAACAGGUUUUUUAAGUUGUUUAACUUUCUUUAUUUAGUCGAAUUAUCGGUUUUCCAAGAUAAUUGCAUUGAAAGAAACAAUAAUAUAAACGAGCAAGCUUUUUUUCCCAUAGGAGCAUUUCAAAGAUAAAGUGUACUUCCGCUCCUACUUCACUCCAAUUCAUAUAAUAUUAUUUCUUUUUUUAACUAUCAGGAAGUUAUCCGAAUCGUAGUUCUUCCAUUUUUCAAAGAACAUUAUAGUUUUUUUCUGAUUUCGAUUCCAUCUUUACACAGGAAAAAAACCAAAAAAAUUUUUCAAAAAAACUUUAUUUCAUAUUUCAAUGAAUUUCAGGCGUGCCUGCAAGCUUUUGUUUUCGCUACUCAACUUCUAGUUUUUUUCCUUUUGUCGCCAAAAUACACGGGCAAAUGGCCAAAGUUCCUUAUGGGAAUGCUGCUUUGGACGGCCGUUCACACGUCGGAUGGGUUCGUUCCAAUAACCAAAAAUUAAUCUUCUACUUUUAUUUCAGACUUAUCGCUAUUUUCACCAACAAGGAGCUGAAAAGGGCAAUUGGAAGGAGAAAUGGUAAUUUUCAAUCGAGAGUUUCUGUAUUUUCAAAAGAUCGGAGACAAACUUCGGAAACGUAUGGAAGCAAAAAGCCGUUUUUUGAUUCCUGGAAGAAAAAAAUUUCCAAGUUAUAAUGUGAUAACUUUUUUUUUCCGAUACUAAUGUCUGUAGGAAUUCGCAUAAAACGGUUAGAGACUUUGAUGAAAGGGAUGAAAAGUUCGAUUAGUUGCCUUAAUCAUUAAGGCUUAAUGGACGUUUUUUUUAUGAAAUGUGUUUCCAGAAAAUUCGAUGGUUAUAACGUUGGUUGGCACUGUGGCAUAA